CACGGCCCAGUAUGACCCAGUAUGGCCCAGUACCUCCCAGCACAGCCCAGUAUGGCCCAGUACAACCCAGUAUAGCCCAAUGAGAGCCUGUACAGACUGCACAGCCCAGCAUGGACCAGUACAAACCAGUACAGCCCAGUAAAAGCCAGUACAGGCCAUCACAGCCCAAACCCGGCAUGGCCCAGUAUGGACGAGCAGAGGAGUUCAUGGCCAAGCCCAGUACAUCCCAGUAUAGUCCACUACAUCCCAGUACAGCCCAACAGCCCAGUACAGCCCAGUACAGCCCA